GGAAUAACAAGUGCGAUGUCUAAAGCCUAAUAGUGCCUAUUGUUAGCAUCACUAAUUAAGGUUUAAUUUGAAAAGUGGCGCCGGAUGCAGAUAACGUGUUUUGAGUUUUCGAUUGCACAACCACGGAGGUACGCGGUGCAAGCUACCUCUCACACAAACACACACCCACUCGUACAGGUGUGUGCAGCGUGAGCGUCGUCAUCCAGCAACAGCGACCGAAAUGCAUCAGCGAGCGGCCGAGAACAGGCUGAGCAUAGCGUACACCCUCCUGGUGGCGCUCGGAGCUACGGCGAGCAUCACCGCUGGCAUAGCCUGGGGUCAUUGGAAGGAUACACUGGCUAACAGCAGCAUCCGAAAUGCAAGCUGCAUCCUAUACGCAAGGCACACUCAGCUCCAUUUCGUUGGCGGUGAGAUCGCUCCGUGCAUCUGGGUGACUUUCGGUCCGCUCAUCUACGUCCUCUUCUGCGUAGGCUUGGCUUGUUUCCAUGGUUUCCGUGUGCUUUUCGGUACGAAGGGCACCCACACGAGGACCAUAACAACCAUCAACGAGGCUGGAGAAACGGUGAUCAUGCAAGCAGUUCAAUCCGAGCAGACGUCGCCGUUGCCGAGGGCCUACUGGAUAGUCGGUUCAGUCUUCUGCUGCGUCUUCACGGCGUACAGCUUGGCUCACUUCUCCAUCUACUUGGACGGUUACCUGGAGACGUGCAAACAGUACCGUCAGACUUUGAUCAAGUUGCUCGGCGUUCACGGAACAGUAAUGCCCGUCAUCCACGGUCGUCUCGCCUGCAACGCCGUCUUCGAUUUCAUGGACUACAUGCAACCGGAUACGGGAAACGCUUACCGCGAUGGCUUCAUCAACACCGCAGCGGAUCUCAUCAUCGGCAUUGUCUCCUCAACCUUCUCGUGGGUAAUCUUCUUGUAUGCGGCCUUCGUCAACAUCAAAUUCGCCCGUAUGAAAUGAACCUCUUAAAACCCAUAAUUUUAUACCACAACAUGCAAACACAUUAAAAAUAACAUUUUAAAUACUCAAUACAACCACAAAAAACAAUUGAAAUAAUCAGUUACAGUCUCAAACUAGGAGAUCUCACAGCAACAAAACUUCAAUCUUAUUUUAGUGCCAGCAACCAUAAAUCAAGUUUAGUACAAUACAUAGUACAAAAAAAAAGGAACAGGGAUUUACUAAUUACCAAAAUUUUGCAGUUACCUUUAAUUUUCAGGAACCUUUAAUACAUAGUAAUCUUUAUGAAACUAAUAUCUAGACAAAGCGACAAGAGGAACAAAUAGUGCAAUUUAACAUUCAGUAAAAAAAUGUAAUAGAAAUUGUUAUCAUCUUGCCGUUCAGAUGUUUCCUCUUAGCGUUUGUUUCAUGCCAUGCAUCACUUAUAUUUCGCUUUAGUAAUUUAAUCUUAUUAGAUUUAGUUUUCUUCGUUCGGUUGAAAUUUGUAUUGAAUACAUCAAAUAAAUAAACAACUUAUAUCUUUAUUGAAUCGAAAUAGACACAGUGACCAUUUUAGUUUAUAUUUUCAUUC